UCAUUUAUUUGUGACUUGCGCACUGCAGAACAAGAAGCAACAAGUGUUUGGUGAUUAUAUUGAUUAUUCUGUAAAUUGCACUUGUACGAAUACUAACUCUAAUAUUUAUCCACAAAAUGACACGAAUAUGCCUUAUAUUUGGAUGCUGUACGAUUUUAAGUCUUGUAGUAAUUGAAACUUCUGCUGAACAAAGUCCAGUAACUUUCACAUUUAAAGAAUAUCAAUACAAGGACUCGCCUAAAAAUGAAAUGACGUUCCGGGAGUUUGAAACAGCGUGUGAACAAAGUAGCGCAUGCAAUCAUAUGAAUGGUCUUCCAAGGACCCGUUGCGUAAGGGAGUGCGUUUCGCCUUCUUGCUAUAGAGAUCUCUACCAGAAUGACCCGUUAGAAGAUGGGGAAAUCGAUGUUCGGCUAAACUCAUUCAAGGGGUGUUUCAUACAAAGGAGUGGCAGAACGAGAAAUUGAUUUCCUCUCAAGUUAAUUUCAUCUCUGAUCUUAUGUGCUAACAAAAUUAACAAAAUCCGUCGAAAAGUACAUCUGAUCAUUUUG